AUGCUGCAAGACCAAACGUUUUCAUUAUUGACCGAUCAUGCCCCCUUGAACGAAAUGUGUGCACGUAGCUAUGCACGUUUACUCGAUAGCUUGGGCGAUCAAAGUGCAACGAAUACAGCUAAUACAACUAAUGGAAAAAGCCAUAAUUUGGCAAAGGCUUUCUCCAAGCACUCGCCUUACAUCAUUGCUGAAUACUUGUCUGUUCAAGCCGACCCAAUAUCAACCAUUUCCCUUCCGGCCCUCAAAUCUGCGCUUAGACCAGGAUUGUUUUCUUUAUUAGAUAUCUGUGGUGAGCAUGAGAGAGACAUGCUCAUGAGUGCUAUCGAUACGAGUCAGAAAAUGCUGCUAAAGACGUUGUAUGCAGACUGGGCCAAGACUCAUCGCUACACUGGUCGUUAG